AUGGGAGCUUAUGGAAAUAUGCCUGCAGAACCUGAAAAAUCAUACGGCCCUGUAUUUUAUGAAAUGGUUGCGAACGCUUGCAAUACAAACAAUGAUAUGAUAGGAUUUAAUGAAGAUGUUAUGAGGUCAUUGGUGGAUGAUGGUAGUGUGGAACAUAAAUGGGAUAGCUAUGACAACACACAUUUCUUAUGUGGUUUUCCAACAGAAGUGGACUUUUGCUUCAUGCAGGGUCAAACAUCUACUGCUCCAAUAACAUACAAAUUGACUGUUAAAGGACCUAUUGAACUAGCAACUGAAAAUGUACCAAAGCCACUUAUUGGAUUUAUGAUGGAUUGUUGCUUUGCCAUUCAGGUGCGUGCUAAUGGAAUCCCAAUAAUAAGAUUAGAUGACUAUAACUUAGCUGCGGACGACAGUGAGGAAUAA